AUGCCGCCUAAGUUCAACCCUGAUGAGAUCAAAGUCGUGUACCUGAGGUGCACUGGAACUGAAGUCGGUGCCACGUCUGCCCUGGCCCCGAAGAUCGGCCCACUGGGUCUGUCUCCAAAAAAGUUUGGUGGUGACCUCAUCAAGGCAACCGAUGCGACACUGACCUUUUUAGCCAGACAACUCUCUGGAACCACUAAAGAGGUCCUGGGAACAUCCCAGUCUGUGGGCAGCAAUGUUGAUGGCCACCACCCUCAUGACGUCAUAGAUGACAUCAACAGUGGUGCGGUGGAAUGCCCCACUAGUUAA